GAAACUGAGGUCUAUUACGCAGUAAUGAAAAGAAUGUGGAAAUAAUGGUGUUUCUUUUUCCUCAGCUGAAGAUUUCUGCACAGAAAGAGGAACCUUCCUUCAAAAUGCUCAGUCCUUGUGAUUGUCCAGUGAUAAAGAAAGAAAAUAAAACAAGGGUAAAGGAAAAAGAGAUGAAGAACAGACUGAGCCUCCUACUGACGAAAUCAGAAUCUCAUGAAAAUGUCAACCCACAAUCCAUGAAAAGCCUAGCGACUGCAAGCAUAUCCCCUGAAGAGGCUUUGAAGUGGAGUGACUCUUUUGAGAAACUGCUUGCUAAUAAAGAUGGAUUGGACACCUUUACUACAUUCUUAAAGAGCCAGUUUAGUGAGGAGAACAUUGAAUUCUGGUUGGCCUGUGAGGACUUCAAGAAAAACAAAUCCACUAAACUGGCCUCCCAGGCUAAGAAGAUUUAUUCAGUUUACAUAGAAACAGCAGCUCCUAAAGAGGUGAACAUCGACUUUUCUACACGCCAGAUUAUUAAACAGAAUGUCCGGAAUCCUAAGCAAUCUUGCUUUGACGCAGCCCAGAGCGUAAUCUACAGCUUAAUGAAAAAGGACUGUUACCCAAGGUUUCUAAAUUCAGACAUCUAUUUGAAUCUGAUCCAGAAGAAACCACCCAGCAACAUGUUCAGAAGACGGUCACGAUCUUGUGUCUUCAAUGACCGCACUGAAGCAGAAACUGACUUUGGAAUUUGGCUGUAAGAGCUGAAAUAGUCACCAUAUAUUUUUACAUAUACUGGCUGUAUUAUAGUAUACUGGAUAAGCACAUACUAUUUGGAGAAUUAUUUUGAAACCUUUUCAAAGUACCAACAGUAGUAUUUUGAACAGAAGGUUUAACUCUAAAAAGCCAUUUCUAAGUACAGUGGGAUUGUGCCACUAGAAAUAAUUUGUUGUAGAAAACUUUGCCUGCACUCAAACUUGCCAUAUAAAGAUUUCCUGUCGUUUUGUGAUGUGAUUCUGUAAAAAAGAAUAGGGUGCAGAGAGGCAUUGAUGUUCAGGUUCAGUGAUGCAGAAUAUGUUAUUCAUAUGUUAUUACCUUAAAAACAUCAAAAGUGUUUGCUGUUUUUAGAGUAUAGUAUUACACGUUCCUUAGGUUUGUUUGAACAAUAUUUUGGAUUGAAAUUUGUCAAUGAAGGUGAAGAUGUGUUUUUACUGAAUUUAACUCAAAUCGCUGGGAAUAGCAAAAUUCCUGACAGUUCUGAAUAUCAAUUUGUAUUCGGGAUCUGCACUACUUACUUUGUAGCACAAAUCAAUGUGGAUGCCAGCAGUGGUCCAACAGAUACAUUCAGUAAUAAUCAGAAAUAAGAUUGUCCAUCCAAAAAUAUACCUCAAGGGUCUAUACUUUAUGUUAGUUUUUAAAAUAAAGGACAAAAACAACAAUUAUUAUUAUAACCAACCGGAUAAAUAUGUAUGGCGUUUUGAAAUACAAUUACAUGUAGCACGAUCUCUGCUUAAAUGCGUGCUCUAUACAUAUAUUAUUAUAAAUGCUUCAUUAAUAUUAAGUAAUAUUCAAAUUACAAAAGGCAUACAGCCAAACAGAUAUCAGCAAAGCUUUCAUAAUGAGAUCUCAUAAUGCAAUUAUUUUUUAACAUGUAAUUAAUGCUAAAAUAUGUCAAUGUUAUUAAAUAAGACGUAUUUUUAUUUUAUAAAGCUUUCAAAAUAAUUUAUUGCUAAUUGUAUAAACAUUGUAAUGUUUUUAUUAAAUUAUUUAAGGGUUGUAAGCAAAUCUUUCCAUAUUUUUCCAUUUGUCUUCAUAUAUACUGAUUCUAACAAAUUAUCUUUAAAUGCAGAUAUACUAUUUUGUUUUUUGUGUAAGGAUAAACAUGUCUGAUUGAUGUGAGUGUGUGGCAGAGUGUCCCGCCCCCCUUUAUGUUUAUAAGUGUUUUCUGUUAUAUGUAGUGUGUUUAAUGUUGGUGUUU